UUAUUGCUCCCUUAUCAGCAGAAACUAAUUUCUUCCCGCCUUGCUCAGCCAUGAAGAUGCCGUUAGGAUUAAGACGAAGAAGUUGACACUGACCAGACUGAAUCCUUUGUUUGAAUGGAAUUUAUGCAUCAUGUAUGAGACGUAUGAAUAUGCAACGGACCAUUGCUUUUUAGGGUUAAUCCUUUGUUAACUGGCGUCCUUUUUCGGGCUUAUUUUGCCUAGGAAAAGGUACCCGAACGUCCGUAACUCUUUGUUUUUUAUUGUCUCAUAUUGUCCUAAUCUCAAUUGUCCAAAUUUUAUUACUCUAAUUAUAUUACUAUUUUUAUAACCAUUUUAUUACUAUUAAACUUUUAAAAUUUUAAAAACAAGUGAUUGGCAUUUUUCACAGGAAGGAUAGGUUCUUCCAGGCAUAUGAAAUUCCAUCCUGAAUUCGGGGUUCUUGGCACCACCCAUGUCUGCCCAGGACAAGCGGGUGAUCCACGCUCCCCCCUGUACCUCCCUUCCCUACGAUACAAGUGGUUGUUGCCCAGAUCUCUGAUUCGCGGCCCCAUCCCCAUUCCCCCCGGGGCAGGAGACCGGUGGCAGCAUUGUCGCAGACCGCACCUCCUGCUGCACCUCCUGCCUGAUGAGAGCGGGAGGGGUGAGGCACCCCGAGUACCGGUGGGAACCCCACGGAGCAAGAGCACGCCCCCGUCCAACAGAGAGUUGGUCUGAGAAAAAUGUUGGUCCAAAGAAAAGCACUGAGUUUCAAAGUUCUCAGCUUGGCGGCACUAGCAGUCAAUUGUCGAGCGGCGCCUCUGCUGCGGAACAGGCUGGUGUUUCCUUUCACCGUCCCAGCCCCUGCCUCAGGGAAGCAUGCCUCAGGACAGUCCAAAGAAGGCAGAGGGGAGACUGGGCUGGUUGCAGGCUCCGAAGCAGGCUACGAAGCGGAGGACGAAGCCUCUGAAAGUGGCGGGGGCAGAGCGAAUCCACUGCAAGAGCAGGUUGCGAAGCGGAGGUUGCAGCUUCCGCUGGCGCAGCGGCAGCAGCCGCCACAGAUUGCUGGGGUUCUUCCCCUAUGGCGUGAUGUGCCGCCAGUCUGCGGCGCGGGGGGGGCUGGCCCCCGCGGCUGCCGCAGCCGGGGCUCCGAUCGGCGCGAUGGCCACAGCUGCGCGAGAAAGCGCCGCCACAGUUUUUCUCGGUCCCGGUGAGGGCGGCGUCUCUGCCACUGCCGCUGCCGAAGCGGUCGCGGAGCCGGCGGCAGCAGUCAGCUCGGAGCCAGUCGAAACAAAGAAACAGCAGCUGCUCCAUCCAGAGCGGGGUUUUCCAGGAAAACCCCUAAGAAUUACGAGCCAACAUAGAACUAAGUGACCUAAGACGUCUAAGGAUGGGAAUGUAGUCCAGUACCUGCUUGGAUCCUUUUUGCUUCUCACCCUAACCUGAAAAGAUGUUGCUUAAAGAGACAACCCGGGGUCUUGGACCAAAAAGGCAGAAUCUGCUAAUCUCCCGUGAGGAUGGAAUCCCCAGCUCUGCCUGCAGACCAGCAGACAAAGCUGCAUCACCCUCCUUCUCCGUGCCACUCCUGGGAGCAGCGGCGGCGUGGGCGCGACCCGUUGAUUUCUCCCCAGCUGAGCUGAUUCUUUUUAAUAAAGGCAUUAAAAAGGAGAAAGAUCUCCUGCCCAUUUAUUUCAAAAGGUAAUACAGAGACUCCCAUCAUCAGAAGGCAUGAAAAGACACUUUAUUAUUAGAAAUCUGCAGUUCUUACAGAAACAAUGGUGGACCUGAGACCUGAUUGGCCUUUAGGAAUCUUCUGUCAUACUAUUGGUGACCUAUGAAUAGCACACUCUGGAGAACCAUAUCUAUAAACAAUGGUUACAGAAAGACAUGUAAUAAUUGUUUAAAUUCUUUUCCUCUAAGUUUCCCACAGCUUCUACACAGCUUCCCAGGAUUUUCCUGGGAGAACCAUGUCUCUCUCUGUUCAGAGGAUAUGUAAUUACUACAAUAUUUAUGCUCAAAAAUGUAACUUAUUUUCUUUUUGGUCCUGUUUCUCCCUUUUAUAAUUGAAUAGAGGACACUGGAUACUUUAAGUUCUGAAUAUUUUCAGGAUUACCCUUAGCUGUAAAUAAUAGGAAAAGACAGUAAGUGAGUUGUUUCAAAAGAGAAAUGGAAAAGUCAUUUGGAAAAAUUUAUUUAAUAAACAAAGUGGGAGAUGUGGGGGUCAGGGGUGAGAAAGCUAUCUCAGGAAUGGCUUGAGAAAGCACCGUUGUCUAAGUCAGGAGAAAUUAAUUCCUUUCCCAUGGUUCAAAUGCUGUACUCCCUUUCACAUCCCACUCAUCCUGUACCCUUUAUGUCUUUCAUUAGUUACUCCUGUGAAAACUUUUCCCUUCCCAUCCCCCUCCAUGUAGCUGUGCACAAAAGCUGUAACUUUCCCCAAAGAUGGGGCACUCGCCAUGGUGUCCUUCUGCUGGUUGUUAACCGAUCCUGCUGUCCCUCCAUCUCACCGUCUGUCCCUCAGCCUACCCUCCAUGUUUUCCUAUCCCUUUUGGAAGC